AUGUGCGGCUCUUUUGUUGAUUGCGCCUGGCUCUCUCAGAGUACCGUGGAACGCGUGCGUUCUCUGGAAAUGGCCCUGAAAGAGGCCAAGGAAGGUGCAAUGCGUGAUCGUAAACGCUACCAACACGAAGUGGAGCGUAUCAAGGAGGCCGUUCGCCAGCGCCAGAGUGGUCGCCGACAGCAGUCUGCCCAGAUUGUCAAGCCCAUCCGUGCCGGCCAUGGACCUCUUCCCAUACGCGGCGGUGCCGUCCAGGGCGACGGUACUCUCCCUCCGGUCAACAGAAAUUAA